AUGUCCCUUCUGUCAGGCAGCCAAGAUGACGAGAACCGUCCUCUCAGGUCCAAAGGCCUGCUUCCCGCCAUUGGUGUGGGCGCGGCAGUCUACUGGAUCACGGGUAUCGCCUCGAUGACCACGCUGGGCCUGGUCGGAAUUGGUGCUGGAGUUGGGUACGGCGUUGGCAGUUGGAUCGCCGACAAGAUGCAGAAGAAAGGUGAUGCCCAAAACAAGGUGCAGAUGGACCAGCUCCCAUGGGCUGUCCAGGUUGCGCUUCAGCACUGGCAGGAGUUCGUGACACGCCAGGCUGCUGGCAGGCAACUGUCCCCAGCUGAUGUGGACGCGAUCUGGGCCCAGUUCGAGCAGUACGAACCAACGCAUGCUGCCAAUGCCCGUGCACUCGUGCGCGGAUCGAGUGCUGCAGCUGCGUCGGAGCCUCUUUCCGUGUUAAGAUGUUUUGCAAGCAGGGUGCACAGGGGUGCAAAGGUGUGCCUCUGCAGGGGCCGCAGGGGGCGGUGGGGGGGAGGACAGUGCGGAAACUAUCCCGGGGCACAGUGGUCUAGCGAUCAGAGGGUUUUCCAGUGUUGA